AUGACAAGAAAAGCUGUCAAAGGAAGUAUAAUUGCUGAUCAUCUUACAGACCAUGCCAUGGAGAACUAUGAGCCGCUAAACUUUGACCUCCCAGAUGAAGAUGUGAUAGUAGUCGAAAAUAAAAGUGGGGAAAGCGAUCAGUGGACCCUCUACUUUGAUGGGGCAGUAAAUGUAUCAGGAAAUGGGGCCGGAGCCGUAGUGAUUUCCCCAGAAAAUAAGCAGUAUCCUGUUUCAACAAAGUUACUGUUUGAAUGUACCAAUAACACUAUCGAGUAUGAAGCCUGCAUCAUUGGCCUGGAAGCUGCUCUGGAACUUAAGGCCAAGAAGCUUGAGGUCUUUGGGGAUUCCUUACUAAUCAUCUGCCAAGUAAAAGGCGAGUGGCAAACUAAGGAGGAGAAGUUGAAGUUGUAUCAAAUUUAUCUCUUGAAGUUAGCCGAUGAAUUUGAAGAAAUCAAAUUCACUCAUAUAAGCAGAGAUAAGAAUCAGUUUGCUGAUGCCUUAGCAACCUUAGCUUCAAAGACACAAGUUGAUGCUAAAAGCAAGAUCCAACCAAUAGAUAUCGAAGUCAGAAGCUUCCAAGCCCAUUACUACUUAAUUGAAGAAUCACCAGAUGGGAAACCAUG